ACUGUGUGUUCCUUUGCUCCGUCUGUGUUUGAAAACUUCAAAUUCAAACAGAAUGAAUUAUUGGAGAAGAAGUCAAUAAAAGAAAUCAUAAAAAAUUAAGAGGAAGAAGAUGAAGCUACAGCUUUUCUUGCGAAGGCCGCUGCUCACGGAAAAAAAGAAAAAAAGUAAACUCAACAAAAUCAAACACUUCCUUUAUCUCUCAUCAUGAUUUCAUUAAUCACCUAAUUCCCUCUCUCUCAACCAGACAACCACCAUUCCCACCUAACCUAUUUCUCUCUAAAAAACCUACAUUACCAACAGUUUUCCGGUAGCUCAAACUCAACGAAAAAAAGCCCUCUUUUUUCGCCGAUGGCCGCCAUAUCAGACACCGCCCCAAUGCUCGGUCAGUCGCGGCGGAGCGGCAAAACCAUCCACCCCGUCUCGGUGGAGUCUCCAUCACCCGCCGCCGCCGCCGCCGCCUACAGGGAGGUGAAGCAUUUCAAGAAAUGGUUUCCAUGGCUGAUUCCCACCUUCGUAGUCGCUAACGUGGUGAUGUUCGGGAUCUCCAUGUAUGUGAACAACUGCCCCAAGAAUUCGAUUUCCUGCGUCGCUCGAUUUCUCGGAAGGUUUUCCUUUCAGCCCUUUAAGGAAAAUCCCCUUCUUGGACCGUCGUCUUCGGCGUUAUUGAAGAUGGGAGCUUUAGAUGUGAGUAAAGUUGUGGAUAAACACCAAGGGUGGCGCCUCAUCACUUGUAUGUGGCUACAUGGUGGAGUCUUUCACUUACUUGCAAACAUGUUGAGCCUCAUAGUUAUUGGCAUUCGUCUCGAGCAAGAGUUUGGAUUUGUGCGCGUCGGUUUGCUUUAUCUCAUCUCUGGAUUGGGCGGAAGUUUGCUAUCCGCUCUCUUUAUUCAGAGCAAUAUAUCAGUCGGUGCCUCUGGUGCUCUUUUCGGUUUAUUGGGAGGAAUGUUGGCUGAGCUAAUUGUUAACUGGACCAUAUACGCUAACAAGGUCGCCGCUCUAUUCACCCUUGUGAUAAUCAUUGCUAUCAACUUAGCCGUGGGAAUCCUCCCGCACGUGGACAACUUCGCCCAUAUUGGAGGGUUUUUCUCGGGUUUCCUUCUUGGUUUCAUAUUUCUGAUCCGCCCGCAGUUUGGAUGGGUUAACCGAAGAUACAGCCCCGCUGGAUACCCCUCACAAUCUCCGAGUCCUAAAUUUAAGACUUACCAGUACGUGUUAUGGGUGCUCUCGCUGAUCCUUCUCGUUGUUGGUUUAACCGUGGGGAUGGUGCUGCUUCUGCGUGGUGUUGAUCUGAACGAUCACUGCUCGUGGUGCCAUUACCUAAGCUGCGUCCCCACUUCAAAAUGGAACUGCAACACAGAACCUGUGUCAUGUCAGGCGGAAUCGCUCGGGAACCAGUAUACGUUGACAUGCUCGAACAACGGCAGAAACAGCACGUAUUCGCUAUUCAAUCCAUCACAGAGUCAAAUUCAAGGACUAUGCGUGCAGCUCUGUCGGUGAUUGGAUGGCCCCUCCCCCGUCACGUGUACGGCUCUAUCGACGAUCGGACAGUCGGCCGUCGUCUCGUCUCAGGUUUGCUGGUGUUUAUACAGUUUGAUGAAUCUGUUCUGUGCAUAAAUAGAUCGAAAACGAGCCGCUGCUGCAUCACUUGGAGCCAUUAGGCUCAUUGCAUUGCAAUUCUUUGUAAAUUUCACAGCUACAGUUCGUUUAUUUGUUGAAUUCAUUUUUAUGAAAUGUGACCUUUUUUUAUGUGAAUGUUGUUGGAGUAAAUUUUGGGUCUACAUUCUACAAUGGCAGAAUUUCAGUAUUGAGAUUUAUAUAUAAUCAUUUUUUUUCAUUA